CUAGUCCUUAUCUACUUAGUUUUCGAUAAAUCGUCAUAGUCUAGUGAUCUUAUCAUUAUUUUCGUCUUCUUUUUAGUAAUUUUUAAUCAUUUUCCAUCAUAUUCAUUCCAAAACUGUACAGAUUAAUCUUUGGUAAUGAGGAGUCUCCGAUUCCAUUUUGUCAGUCUUGAGAUCCAAUCAUUAAGUUUCGUUUGGUUAAUCAAAUUCGGUGCUGGAGAACUUCCAGUAGAUGUAAAUUCUGUAUCAAUUUCUUCAUCUUCAGACUUGCUUGGACUUUGUUCAACACCAUAAACUGUACAAGACACAGAUCUUCUUAAGUACGAGGGAGAAACAGUGAUUGUUUCUAAUAACUUUGAGUACCAGAAGGUUUAAAAAGGCACAAAUCAUCACUCAAAUUCACUGGUACAUAUAAAAUCACCAAUACAGUUAUUUAUAAAUAAAAAUUAGAAGGAAAUAGAUUUGAAAACAAGCACGUAGUAGAUGUUUUGUAAUAUCUAAUACGUUUUCAUGAUAUCAUUUCACAUAAUUUGUGUUUUAAUUGUACGCUAAUUUGCAUGUUUUAUUGGUUUUUUAUUGUUUUAUUACUUGGCUUGUUUCUAUCAAGGCGAUAUUUAAGUAAAAAUUGCGUUGAUAUUAACCAGUUUGUUUUGAUACCAUGAAAUCUGAAACUGUACUAAUCACCGAUCGCGAUGAAAUUAGAAAAUUGUCCGGUAAAUCGAAAGAAUCCGUUUUUCGAGAUAUAAAAAUUAUUAAGGAAUGGUUGGAAACUCAAAAGCAUCUACCUGAAAUUCCAAGUGAUAAUUUGAUCGAAUUCUUUUUGAAUAAUUGUAAAUUCAGUAUCGAGAAAACGAAACAAAAUUUGGAUAUGUACUAUACGUUGAGAAAUCUUAUACCGGAUAUGUACCAAAACGCGAAUCCAUCUACACCAGAUAUAGAAGAAGUUUACAAAAAAGCUUAUAUGUUUCCUUUACCAAAAUUAACCCCAUCAAAGGAAAGAAUAAUGUUUUUCAAAUAUAAAGACGUGGAUGACAUCGUGGAUAUACGGAAAAUCUACGCUCAUUACCUCAAUAAUAUUUACGAAAUAAGAGCUCAAGAAGAUCUCACAAUGGGCGACGUUGUCGUAGCAGAUCUGGAGCACAUCAGCUUCGCCAUGGCGGCCAAAAACACACCCGUAAUUUUGAAACAAGUAGCUCUUGCCAUGGAGAAAAUUCACAGUCUGAGAUUGAAAGGUGUAUACAUGUACAAUUGUCCAAAUUAUAUGACAAAUUUUUUGAAAUUAUUCAAAAGCUUUUUGAGCAGUAAAUUGGGUGAAAGAAUUCACUCAUAUCCAACGAUUGAAAAUAUUAGUGAACAUUUUCCAUUGGACAUAUUACCAAGCGAUUUAGGUGGUCAAGAAAAGUCUUUAGACGAACUAGAAGCAAUGUGGAAGGCGAAAUUUUUCGAAUACAAAGAUAGAUUUGACGAGCUAGAAAAAAUGGAAGUUAACGAAAAACUACGACCGGAAAAAUUGAAAAACGAUGAACUCUUGGGAUACUAUGGAAAUUUUAAAAAAAUAGACACCGACUAAUGUUAUUUCAACAAUCCAAAAUUGUUACUUUAUUGUAAUAUACAAUUUUUUGUGACAAAAAUACAACUACCUACCAGUG